CUACCCGGCCGCAGUGAAGCGAGGUACGCAGACCCGACACGUCGCAGCCCCGGACACAAACAAAUACGUGAAAAAUGUAGGCGAGUCAUCAGGCGGCGUGAUAUCCGAACGCACGCAAUGUCAUGCCCCCAAAGUUCUCGUUUUAUUGUCCCGGAUUCAUAAUGACAGUUUGUGCAUAAGUUCGCCGUUGUGUGUGUUUGUUAGACACCUGUAUCGAGCCUCUCAGUGCAGGGAGUGUGAACACAUUUAAACGGGAUGCCGAACCAAACACUGAUCCCAACAAUCACACUACCGAUGGCAGACUAGACUCCACAAUGCAUCAACCCCUCGAGCGCUCCUUACCAACCACCAAAGAUAAACCGACCAAAAUGAAAACCCAGAGAUUCUCAGUGCGUUUCAUAACCAGCAUCAUCAUUUUGGCUGCGUUGCCUUAUAGCAAGUCUUUGAGCUUGCCUAGCGGGGACCCUGCGCCUGGCAGAUCUCCGGGGCCACCCGAAAUCGAUCCCUACGACCUGAGUGAUAAGGAUGUCCUGAUAUCGGUGAAUACGGAUAGAAGUGUAGACUAUGAAGAGACAACAAGUUCUAGUGUAGUGACGGAGUUGAGUACAGUCAGUGAAGUGAGUGGGGGGCCGGGGGGGGACGCGUGUGCGUACGCGCGCGCGGGGGAGGGGGUGGUCACGCUGGGGGUGAAGGAGAGCAAUAUCAACCUGUCUCUCUCGCACUCGGUGUUUGAGACCGAAGAGCUGGUGCGAGGCGUCGUUUAUGAAGUGCACCUCGAAAUGGACGACACAACCCUGCGUGACUACGUUCUCUACUCGACUGUAGAUAGCUACAUCCGAGGCAACUUCACGCCAACAGACUUCGCCGAGCGGCCGUGCCGGGACCAGGACCAACCACACUUCGUCCCCAAACACGCCCGCCCCCAAAAACGAAACAAAAACCAACCCUGGCCGCCAAGAGAAGAAUCGCAUUCGAAAUUCAAAAGUGACAGUUCAAAAUAUAGCAGUGAUUACCGAACCGACUACGACUAUCGGACAGGCGGUGUAGAUAGUGAUUAUAGUGAAUUGACUGGUUAUUAUUUUCGGCCGCGUGUGAGUGGGAAGCGUAGUGUGCGGGCGUCGGGAAGAGUCAGGAGUAGGAAGUCUCUGAGGAUGCGGAGGAUCUUCUCUCCAGCCAGGAUUGUGAGCGGCGUGCUGGGGGACAGGACUAGAGUGGUGUUGCUGUGGUCCGUCAGUGACUCGCUGCAUGUGGAGGGGGACGAAGCUACCGUCGUUUUUAGGUUACGAUAUAGAAAAACAACGAGUGCCACCAUAUACCAAGUGUUCUUUACUAAAAUUUUAAGAUUAGAAUGCGCACUACGCUUGCGCUCCAUGCGCGCGGGCCGCGUGCACUCCGGGCAGCUGCCCCGCGCCCGUGGCUGCCGGCUGCUGCCCCCGCCCCCCGCGCCCCCGCACGCACUGCUGCUCGAGCUGCACAAGCUCAACGUACCCUGCGCCGCUGGCUUCGUCCGCUUCGCCCCCAACACGCCCCAGCUGUGCGGCAAGUGGGAGCAGAUACCCGCCCCCAACAGAAAGUUUAUUUACUACUCGGAGUCUAAAAACUCCGCAGUGGAACUCCACGGGCGACCCAUGUUCGCCGCCACCUACCGCCUCGUCGACCACUGCCACGACAUCCAACUGACCAAUCGAAAUGGCUCGUUCGAAAUCGGACCAACUGACCGUCUGUUCUGCUCCUACACCAUCCACCUGCCGUACGGGAGCCGCGUCGCGCUCCGACUGCAGAUGGGCACGGGACCAAUGAUCAACAAGGAAGUAACCACAAAACCCAUCCACGAAGACCACCAGAUCCUGUGCAAGGGCAUGUCGCUCGUGCUAGAAGACGGGGAUUCAAAAUGGCGGCACUGCUCGCAGCAGGGUGACCCUUUGCGGAGUGUUCAAAUAGUGUCGGAAGGGAACUUAGUGCGGUUGAAUAUAAGUGUGUUAGUGAAGCGUGGUGUCGGCUCGUCCAUGUGGCUGAAGGUGUGGUGGAUGGAGAAGGCGGUGGACGAGCUGGUGGGCCGCUGCGAGUACGGGUGGGUGUCGCUGGGGGACUUCUGUGUGGCCGCGUUCAGGGAGGCGAAGCGCGCGUGGCGCCAAGCCGAGGCCGAGUGCGUGCGGCUUGGCGGCCAUCUUGUCAGCAUCAUGAACGAGAGGCAACAACAUACGUUGGAUCAGUUACUCAUACACACGCCGGGCGCGGGCGUGGACGACGUGUACUGGGUGGGCGCGACGGACGCGCUGCACGAGGGCGAGUUCCGCUGGUCCAACGGACUCUCCUUCUCCUACGCACACUGGUACCCGGGCUGGCGCAAGCACAGCAGUCAACCCAACGACGACGGCAUGUCGGGGCAGGACUGCGUGGAGGCGCGGCGCGAGUUCCCCCCGCGCCCCGCGCCCGCCGCGCCCACCUUCAUGUGGAACGACCGCGGCUGCCGAGAGCAUAACUACUAUGUGUGCGAGAAGCCGAGUGUUGACGACCCCUACAGCUCCACCAUCCUGCAGUGCAACGAGACGAUCCAACUGUCUCGCUCGCACGCGCACGCCACGGUCAGCAGCCCGGGGUUCCCUCGAGCCUACCCGGACGACGUGAGCUGUGCCAGCAACGUGCGCGCGCCGCCCGGGCACACCCUGCUGUUGCACUUUGAAGAGCUGCUCACGGAGUAUGAACCGCACUGCAGUUACGACUACCUGGAGAUCGAGGAGAUCGGGGCGGUUAACGCGACGGACGAGGGCUGGCCCGCGGAGCUGCGGCAUCGAGACCACUACAGUGUCGAGAAUGAGGUGUGGGAAGACCCAGAAUACCUUCUUCCGGAGUCGGACUCCAUCAGUGCCGGAUGGGCGCGCAACAUAACCGACCUCCCGUCACGGCGCCUCUGCGGCGAUUGGAGCGGCAAGCUCAAGCUGCUGCGGUACCAGUCGACGACCAAUGGCGUGCGACUGCGCUUCCGGGCCGACCACUCACGGCACUUCGCCGGGUACCGCGCGCGCGUCACUAUGCCGCACGCCCAGUCGUGUGCGGACGCCAAGCAGGUGCUGUUCCGCGGCCACUGCUACCUGUUCACCAGCCACCCGCGCGCCUCCUGGGCCACCGCCAAGCAGGUGUGCGAAGGUCUAAACAUGCAUCUAACCUCCGUGCAUUCUGCCGAAGAGGAACGGUUCGUUUCAAGCGGCAUCCGCCAAUCCAGCGACUACAGCGCUGCGUCGGUCUACUGGCUGGGGGCGCGUUUAGCUGCGCAAAGCGCUGACAGCUUCCUCUGGGUGGACGGCAGCGCUGCGACCUACCAGGGCUGGCCUCCGUACAAUGACACAGAGGAGGUGGCUGAUGCUACGGAUGAACAGAAGUGCUUGGGUGUGCAGUGGAAGUCAUCACCGGUGCCGUCGCAGCCGAGCGGGCUGUACUGGGUGGCCCACAAGUGCACCACUACCGGGGGAUACGUGUGCAAGCGCCGGCUCACGUCUGAGCACAUUGUUACUAACCAGACCGUGGAGGGGAGCUCAGGCUCACUAACCAGCCCCAACUACCCGGCCGUGUACGACAACGACCUCGACUACUGGGUGCACGUGCGCGGUCCACCGGGCACGAGGCUGGUCUUCAGCUUCGAUAAACUGGAUCUGGAGCCGCAGAGGGAUUGCCUGUAUGAUUAUGUUGAGCUACGCGACGGCGCGGACGGGCGGUCGCAGCGCUACUGCGGCUCCGUCGCCGCCGCGCGCUGGGUGGCCACCAGCAACCGAGCUGUACUGCACUUCCACUCCGAUUACAACACACAAAGCCUGGGGUUCUCCCUGACGUGGAAGGCCGUGUCGAUGUCGGGCUGCCCCUCGCAGACGUUCACUUCCAAGGAGGGCGUCGUCAGCAGCCCCAAUUACCCCGACUUCCUGCUGCCCGGCCUCGACUGUACCUUCGACAUACUCGCGCCUGCUGGAAAGCGGGUUUUCCUCAAUAUCAGCCAUUUUGACUUCGGCUACGGCAGUUUUGAAAAUGGAGUCCCAGUCAAUGUGACAGAAGUAACAAAUGAAGAAUCAAUACUAGAAAUACAAAUUGACUUGCAAAGUGGACUUAUCAGACCGUUUCGGAACACAAACAUACUAACAAAUGGACUGUUCAUAUCGGAGUCGGAAAUGUUGAGAAUACGAUUGAGAACUGGAGAAAACUCCACAGGAAAAGGAUUCUUGGCGCAUUUUAAAAGUGUGUCAUACCUGAACACAACGCACGUGAUCGACCUCCACUCGGCCCGCUCCGGGCAGCUGGCUCCCCUCAACUGGCCGGCGCCCGCCCCGCGCCAGACCACACUGCACACCCUGGUGGUGGCUCCCCAUCACUACACCCUGUCAGCCGCCUUCGCCAGGACGAAGUUGGUGAAGAGCGGUGGGGAAUGGCCUUGCGGCGGAAGGAACGGCUGGAUUGAGGUGAAAGACAGCUACACAGACCACAACGGCACUCAGUGGACGCUCUGUGACGUGGACCGAACCCGGAGAAAGGUGGAGCAGGGAGCGCCGCUCGUUAUCAACUCUUACCUGCAUUCACUGAUUGUGACCCAACAUUCCGGAGAGCUGGGAGUCGAUAUGGAUGUUACAAUUAUUGUUAAUAAAGAUCCUGGAUAUCACAACAAACUGCUGCUAUUGUCAGAGGAUACAAACUUGGAAUCAUGCUAUCCAAACCCUUGUCAACACGGAGGAAAAUGCAUUAACGAUGCUACAAAAAACUUUUGUUCUUGCAGAAGUUUUUAUACUGGAGUAUUUUGCCUUUUAACUGCCUGCGACCGAGCGCCAUGUGCCUUGGGGAACUGUUCCCUGACAUCUACUCGACUCGGCGCUGAAGGCUUUGAAUGCGCUUGUCCAACUGGUUGGAAGGGAAGGAGAUGCAACGAAAAGAUCCGGCCUUGUGCGUCAAGACCUUGCAACAACAGAGGAGCUUGUCUAGAAAAGGAUGGAGGGUUUCUUUGCCAGUGCAAUCCUUCGUGGGUUGGAAAGAGGUGUGAGGCUCCGAACCCGACGCCGAGGAUAGUAAGUUUGGGUACUCGCAUGCUGCAGGAGCCGUUCUGGCUGGGCCUGAUCGCCGUGUUCGUGGUGCUCGGCAUCAUCGGCCUCGUGUGGUGCGGCAAGAGACACUUCCCCGAGAAGAUUGAGAAACUCCUGGCCGAGGAGGCCGACAGAUGUGCCAGACCGGCGGCGCUGCGCUGCGCGACGGCGGCGGGCGCGGGGGACGCGCCGCACCGCACGCUCCUCACGCGGCUCGGUAUCCGCAAGGCGUCGGUCUCGGGGCUCGCGGCCGGAACGCCGCGGGCCGCGCGCACCUUUAGCUUGGACGAUCUGUUAAAGCCGCCGCCGAGACGUACACCUUCCCCAAGAAAAAAACGCAACAACUCUACACCCACAAAGAAGAACGCCGCGGAAAAGAAACAAAUACUUCAACAACUCAUCAGUCCAGCUUCAGCCAACGACCACUCGAAGAAGAUAACAAUGGGGGAACUCAUACAGAUGUCUGAAAAACGAUCCCUUAGUACCGUUGAAAGUGCUCCGGCUUUCAUUGAAUACGGAUUUGACAAUAAAGAAACAUCAUUUGCGAGUGAAGCCUCUUCACCUUCGACUUCACCCUCAAUGAGGCACAUAUCUGACCCGAAACUAGAAAAAAAAGUCACGUUUGCCAGAUUACUAAACAAAGUAUCUGCUGAAAUGAGCUCUAGUUCUGAAGUUGAUAUGGUGAAUACAAUAGCUAUUCCUAUGGCGGUUAUAGCUGAUAGAGGAAUGAGGGCCAAAGCUUCAAGUACGCCACCUUCUCCAAAUGUUGAAGUGAGAUCUCCACAUAGCACUUCAAGCAAUCAAGGAAGUGACUCAAUGUCCAGUCUUGAUUUGACUUUGGCCCAUGCAGCUUUGAAGAAGUAUUCCAGGCAACCCAAAAUCUCCAGCGCAGAUUCAAUCUUAGCGAUGUUCCGGAAUUUUUCAUCAUCUUCGGCUGCUAUGGUAUCGCGGGCGUCGUCUGGGGGAAUAUCAGCUUCCAGCACGCCUAGUGCUUCAUCCCCGCAAGAUGACACGGUUGAUGGCGAUGACGCUUCGAUAGCAUCCUCAGUGGUACCAUCGUUAGCACCUGACUCACCUGUUGCGAGACCCCAUAACACAAUUGAAAUUCAGGUUCUUGAUCAUCUGAGUGGGCAUAAGUCAUCACAGGGCUCUGGCAAUAGCUUGCUCCAUCCACCAUCUAUUCUCCUAGAAGUCCCGAGCAGUAUUAACAAAUGCCUAUCCCCGAUCAGAGAGCUCCCCACCCCUCUUCCAACUCCACUCCCUACUCCUCUACCAACGCCGCUGCCAUCACCACGGUUCCCGAGGGCUAGAGACCCAAAACACGAAAUGGACAUUCAAAAUGAUUCCGUAAUUACGUUUGCCUCACCAAGCGAUGAUGAGUUGGAUGAAAUCAGACCUGAAACAAAGAAUGACAGGAACACUUCUGGUCUCCGUUUAAAGCUUCGUCAACCAGCAACAUGCACAGAAACGCCGACACCUUCUACACACGUCACUGACUCCCCCAGCCCAAGCUUCACACACAGCCAAGAUUCAGAGCGGGAAAUGUCAUCACCCUCUCCAGCUCCCGUCCUGUGUGUUCCAGUUCUCACGAUAGAAAGACCUUCACCGGGAUCGCCUCCUCCGCGACGAACACCACCGCACUUGGAACUUCAUCCACCGCCAUUGAUAACGAUUACUUAUAAUCCAAGUGAAGAAUCAGACGAGCCUCUAUCACCCAGGCCCCCACCAGCUGCAGCGAACAUGUGCUAUCUCAGCCCAUUCUCUAUGUCAGCUAGAGGGGAACGAGCUCCAUCCGAAUCUAAUCUUUCAUCCUCAGGGUAUAGCUCCAUGGCAAGUCCAGGGCCAUCACGAUGUGGCUCGAGCAACCCACUGUGUCCAUCAGAAAUGGAAGACCCUGGAUCGGGAGGUGGUCCAUCAUGCUUUCAAUCUAGAAGACGACCACUAAUGAAAACGAAUUCAAGUCCGGCAGGAUCUAACGAGGAGUCCAAAGAAAGAAGACGGGGGAGAUCUGAUUCAGAAACUUUAUCAGAUGAUCCUUUAUUGGAGUCUAAUGAUGAGGGUAUUGGAACAGAUGAGAGGGUGGAUGACGUGCCGUCCAGUGCGAAAGAGAUGGAGACCAUGGUAGCUCUAAAAGAAAGUUUAGAAAUACCACAGACUGCGUUGACUUUGUGCCCUCCUAGUGGAGUGACCAAGUGUUCUAUUGUUAGAUGUAUUAGUGUUGAAAGAGGUUUAGAUGAGAAAGCUAGUUUGAAACCGCCUAAUUUAGAUGUUAGCAGACCGCUUAGUCCAGUAAGUUCAAGAAGUGAAAGUCCUCUGAGUGAUAAGACGGGGCUAGGAAGAUUUUCACCCCAAUUUUAUGGGCGACAGCUACCAUUCACGGAUUCGGAUGGAUUGUACGAUUUCCCAAGUUCUGAAUUUGUUAAAGGGACCAGUAGCAAGUCAGUUCUAGCUCAAAGAAAACCUGGGAAGAAGAGGGACAGGAAAACAACUCGGACGGUGUCUCACGAGGUGGCCGGCGCCGCCAAGUCGACGCUGCCGCACAUGCCUCACUCCAUGCACAACUUGCUCGAGGUGCCAGGGGCUCGCGACAGCACGGCGGCUGUGAGCGCGCGCGGGCGCAAGCUCGGCCGCCGCCGCUCCCGGUCGCAGGCGCCAACUGUACUGGCAACGUCGUCGUCCUCUGAAGACUCCGUGUCAGCUGCGUCGGUGGCAUCCGUCGCGUCAGCGCGGGAGUUCAGAGUAGCACCGGAUAUUGAGAUGCAGUCGAGUGAGCCGGGUCGCCUAAAGAAGCCCAUGUUAAAGCGACAGAAGUGCCGAAGCUCCGAGGACACGACAUCGAAGAUAUCUUCCAGUUUGGAUCUGACUGAAGACUCGAGAAGACCAGUCAAAGUGAACAAGUUGAGGACAAUUAGCAACCAAAUCAGGUUUCUAAGAAGACUAGAACGCAGCCUGAAAAUGAAAGAGAGUUACCCGGCGCUGUCGGAUGAUGAGGGGGACGAGUCGUCCAGUGUGACGUCACCGCUACUACAGGGACGGAAGGACACCCGCGUGCCCAGCCACGCGAUAUCAGCCCCUCUCCUCGGCGCCGCUAGGCCCAGAAUAGCGCGGCAACGUCGAUACGAUAGGUCUUUUUUAGGCGAAGAAACUAGGACGUUAAAUCCGGCUACGGCCAACGAGAAUUCAGAUUGAUGUUGCAGUGAAUGUGACGGCGGGACAGUUGUGCAAAAGACCGGUUCGACGGUCGACAAGCUACUUGUCAACUUGGCAGUCCACAAGAUUCUAAUUGUAAUGUGAUAUAAUGAUAUAAGAAAAAAUACCGUUUAUGUAGACAGCGCAAUUUAAAUAUAUUUUGUUUUUCUUAAGUUUCGUUUUGAUGUCUGUAGACUAAUCCAUAACGUAUAUAUUUAUAGUUUUAUGUAUAAAAAAUCUUAUAGCAAUAAUAUGGUUUAAGCACAUAGGUUACGAGUUUUGACGUGGCUUCUUGCAAAUUGUAAAUAAUUGCCCAAAUGCAAGUUCUUUUUUAACGUUUUGCCUGUACAUAGCUAUUCUUAAUGUUUUAAAAUACUUACUGUUUAAAUUUAUUAAUAUUGCUCAAAUGCAUAUUUUGUGAAUCGUUUUUGUGCACUCUUUUGCUAAUAUUGUAAAUAUACAAGUAUAACUCUGUAAAUAUGCGACUUCGAGAGAGAUCUUUGUGAAAUAUGGAAUUACAAGUGUCUUUAAGUGUAAAUAUACAUGUUUAAAUUGAUAAGAAAAUAAAAGGCCCAAAAAAAUGUUUAAACAAGUGCACAAAUAAGUACAACCAUGCUGUAUAUUUAUUAUUGCGUAUAUAUUUAUGAUGCACAGUACAUAUAACUCUUUCCUGUACUUAGUAACCGAGCAUUUGUGUAAAAUAACGAAUAUAAUCCAAAGCACCAUAGCUUAGGUACUGCAUUCUAGUCUAAAGCCUACGGUAGACUUUUAAAAAGUAGGCCACACAAUUAUUUUCUAAAACCUAUAAAAUAAUUCUGUGUAGAAUUAUAGUAUUUCUGUGCCUAUAUCACAUAAAAAUCACAAAUCAUAAUCAUUCGGUAAUAUUACAGCGUAGUGUUAUUACCUUAUGGAUGCAAAUAGAUUAGCUACCGGCUGAUAACUAUGAGUAAUAACGAAAAAUAUACAUCAUAAAGAGUAAUGUAAACUUUGUUUGUAUUCAAGAUGAAUCAGAAUAUUUAUAAUGGACUAGUUUCGAUAUCCUAGUUUAGAUUUUAUUUAAAGUAAGCCCAGUUUUGUCAUAAUUGUACCUAUAGGUAGUUGUGUCGGUAAAUGGUUAGUGAGUAAAAACAUGCCCUCGAUUAUUAUCUAGUCACUUGUGUGUUUUGUUAUAGAAACUCAAGCUACUUAAUCUAAUACUAUUUUAUAGUCAACUCAGUGUUAUUAUUAGAUUCAGUCCCAGCAAUAAUUAUUUGUGAUUCGACUGUUUAAAGACUGACAACCUUGUGUGAAAGAACCAAUUUAGGUAAAUUGGAUGUUGUUUACGUUCAUGUUAUAUGUAUGUAUUCACUAUACUUAUAAAUAUUUAAGGAAGUUACACACAUUUACAAGAAACUGCCAGGUCCAAUGCCACUGAAUAUUGAAUGCAAAGUAUAACUUAAUUUCAACCGAACCCUACAACGACCGAUAGAUUAAUGAUUGUAGCAAUAACAGUCAUUAAAUGCGUGUAACUCAAAUAUAACAGCUAAGCUAUAACUAUUUAUUCGUUUGAAAACUAUGCAACGCCUUCAUAUAGUUACUAUUAUUUCAGAAAAGUAUGGUUUACUUCUCCACAACAAAUUAAAUGUUGAUAGUUUCAAAACAACUAGACCAUUCAAGUAACAACUUAUAAAAUGCAGCUUAACUGCAACAUACCUAAUAAAUACCUUAGAUCAACCUUAGGUACCCCCAAACGAGAUCCUUAACUGUUAAUUAACUGUUUGAUCAGUACUUAAAUGUGUAAUAUAAAAUUAAUGUUUAAAAAAAGUAUAUGAAAAUAAUGGCCUGUUGUUUGAGACUGAUUUUCUAAAACUUAACUCUUAAAUCGCUAAAUGUUCAUUUUUGCUUAAUCGUGGUGUGAAUGGGUGUUUCUAAAAUACUUAUAGAAUCUAAACCAUCUCACAUGAAUUCUUUAUACAUCUGUAUGAAUAAUAUUUUAUACGUAAAGCAAAGUAUUAUUUAAUAAUUUAUGUAUCAUGUUAUGUUUUUGUUUAAAAUGCGA